CAAGUGCCAAGUGGAGGGAGGUUAGCUUAGGUAGUCUCAUUGUCAGCUGACGACACACUGAAGUUAUUUUUCACUAUCCCGGGUGUUAUGUGUUCAUGCUGCCAAUUAUUUAAAUUCAGCCAGAAAUUUUAAAUAAAAUUUUUUUUAAAUAAAACCUCAGAGAACCAGCACAGUGAUUAAAAAAAAAAUGGCCAAUUACAAAAAUGUAACUCAUUGUUUGUUUGACAUGGAUGGACUGCUAAUUGAUUCUGAAAGCGUGUACAAGACAAUAUACAAUAAAAUAAUAUCAAAAUUCGGGCACAAUUACGAAGGUGAAGUGGUAUUCCAAGUUCUUGGACGUCCUGAGGCAGUAGGAAUAAAUCUUAUUAUCGAUUAUUUCAAACUACCCUUGAGUUUCGAAGAGGUUCAACUUAAAUAUCAUCAAUUUCAGGAGGAAUUAUUCGUUGAAGUUAGAGUUAUGCCAGGAGCUGAGCGAUUGUUACGACAUUUAGUUAAGCACAACAUUCCAAUUGCCCUGGCAACUAGUUCCAGUGAAAAGAGCUACGAGCUCAAGACUAGAAAGCUGAAGCCAGUUUUUGAACUUUUCCAUCACCGAGUGCUAGGAGGCUCGGAUCCGGAUGUUAAACACGGAAAACCCGCGCCAGAUAUAUUUUUAGUUGCCGCAAGUCGAUUCUCUGACUCAAAUCCCGUUCAGCCGUCUCAGUGUCUCGUCUUUGAAGACGCACCGAAUGGAGUAGAAGCAGCGGUGAGUGCCGGGAUGCAAGUUGUCAUGGUACCAGAUUCAAAUUUACCAAAAGAACUUACUAAAAGAGCGACUAUGGUGCUUAAUAGCCUGGAAGAAUUCAAACCAGAACUAUUUGGAUUGCCCCCGUUCUCUCAAGAAUAAUUACAAGGCAGAUCCAAAUGCAAAUAUAUUAUGUAUUGAUUCCUUCACGUUAGUCAAUAUAUACACGUUAUUUACUAAUUAUGCGUGUCAAAUAAUCCGCAAGA